GCGGGACGGAGCCAUGGACGGACACACGGACAGCUCGUGGCUGGGAGCCCCCCUGGAGCAGUUGCCCACCCCGGCGCUGACCCUGGACCUGGCCACGCUGCGCGGGAACGCCGAGAGGAUGCGGGAGCGCUGCCGGGCGCUGGGGCUGCGCCUGCGGCCGCACGUCAAAACACACAAAACCCUGGAGGGCGCGGAGCUGGCGACGGGCGGCUCUCGCCGUGGCAUCGUGGUGUCCACGCUGGCCGAGGCGCGUUUCUUCGCGGCCGGGGGCUUCGAUGACAUCCUGUACGCGUUCCCGGUGCCGCGCUGGCGCCUGGCCGAGUGCUCGGCGCUGGCCCAGCGCCUGCAGCAGUUCCAGGUGCUCCUGGACAGCCCCCAGGGCCUGGAGAUGCUGCUGCAGAACCCCCUGCCCGGCGGGAAGCGCUGGCUGGUCUGGCUCAAGCUGGACUGCGGCAAUGCCCGGGCCGGGAUCCGCCCCACGGAUCCCGAGGCGCUGUCGCUGGCCCGGGCCAUCGCCCAGGGCUCCCCGGAGCUGGUGACACUCGUGGGGGUCUACGCGCACUGCGGGAACACCUACGGCUGUCGCGACAUCGCGGCCAUCCAGGCCAUCGCCAGGGACACCACGGCCGCCGUGCUGGAAUUCGUCACCGCGCUGCGGCAGGCGGGGAUCCCGUGUCCCCAGGCCACCAUCGGCUCCACCCCGUCCUGCAGCCACCCGGUGCCGGAGAUGUCGCAGCUCACCGAGGUGCACCCGGGCAAUUACCUCUUCUAUGACCUGCAGCAGACGCAGCUGGGCUCGUGCCGGCCCGAGGAGGUGGCGAUCCGUGUGCUCAGCAGGGUCACCGGGCACUACCGGCACCGCGGGCAGCUGCUGCUGGACUGCGGCUGGGCCGCCCUGAGCCUGCACGGCCGCGAGCAGGGCCCCGCGGGCUGCGCGGCCAUCGAGGGCCACCCCCAGCUCAGGCUGGUGGGGCUGACCCAGGAGCACGGGCUGGUGGAGGCCGCGGAUGGGCGGCUGGAUUUCGAGCGAUUCCCGCUGGGGAGCACCUUGGCGCUCAUCCCGUUCCACGCCUGUGCCACGGCCGCCAUGCACCCCGUGUACUUCGUGCACGCUGCCGGCAAGGUGGUGCAGCUCUGGCGCCCCGUGCGCGGCUGGUGAGAGGAGAGAGAGGAGAUGGCGGGGGGAUGCACCAGCACCCAGACCCUGCACCCACCCUGGA